UGUCGUGGGUAAUCCUCCGGCGGUCUGGGCGGGACGGACCGAAAGCCCGGCGCCGAGGCGGAGACACAGGUGGGCGUGGGGUCUUGGUCUCCGGUGCCACCCACCGGCCGGUAUCCUGGUCUGGUUCAUGGCACUGGGUAUGUCCACGGCACUGGAGCCCCGGGGACGCCGAGUCUGAGCAGCUGAUGGGCCAAGAGGCGGCGCCCACCUUCUGCUCACCUGAAUGCAGAUUGGGAAUGGAUACCCGAAGAUCCUUGAGACAGCUUCACUGAAAGUGAGGAGCGGUGUCAGGCCCAGCAGCCCUGUGUUGGCCCAGGGACACCCCUGGCAUCCAGAUCAGGAUCAUGACCCCUGUAAGCGACCAUGUCAUGGCGGAGAGCAUUUUUGACCUGGACUAUGCUUCCUGGAAGAUUCGCUCGACCCUGGCGGUAGCUGGCUUUGUCUUCUACCUGGGCGUCUUUGUGGUCUGCCACCAGCUGUCAUCCUCCCUGAAUGCCACCUACCGCUCUCUGCUGGCCAAAGAGAAGGUCUUCUGGAACCUGGCCGCUACCCGUGCAGUCUUUGGUGUUCAGAGCACAGCUGCCGGCCUGUGGGCUCUGCUGGGGGACCCUGUGCUCCACGCCGACAAAGCUCUGGGGCAGCAGAACUGGUGUUGGUUUCAUGUCGCCACUGCCACUGGAUUCUUCCUCUUUGAGAAUGUGGCCGUCCACCUGUCCAACCUGUGCUUUCGGACGUUUGACUUGUUUUUGGUUGUCCACCACCUCUUUGCCUUUCUUGGGUUCCUGGGUUCCAUGGCGAAUCUCAGAGCCGGCCACUAUCUGGCCAUGACCACUCUGCUGUUAGAGAUGAGCACACCCUUCACCUGCAUUUCCUGGAUGCUCCUGAAGGCUGGCUGGUCAGACUCCCUGUUCUGGAAGGCCAACCAGUGGCUGAUGAUCCACAUGUUCCACUGCCGCAUGAUCCUCACCUACCACAUGUGGUGGGUGUGCUUCCAGCACUGGGGCGCCCUGGUCGACAGCCUCUACCUGCCUCACUUCGCACUCUUCCUCUGUGGGCUGGCCCUGCUCACGCUCAUCAUUAACCCGUACUGGACACACAAAAAGACCCAACAGCUUCUCAACCCCGUCGACUGGAACUUUGCACCGCCGUCCGAUACCAAGGGCGGCAGGCAAGAAAGGACCAAUGGCCAGGUGCCUCAGAAAAAGAGGCUCUGAUGCCAGCCGACGCUUGCCCGGGGUUCAGCAGAGCUCUGAGCAGAGGAGGUCGUGUAGGUGAAUACUAACUUGUCCUUUAGCGUUAGUUCUGAAGUAGCCAUGAAGUAUUACUGGGACCUUGUUUUGCCUGCAGGAGGGCUUCGUCAUCAUGGUCUUCUUCCGAUUCCUCUGGUGUGGCCUCAGCUAUGCUGUGCCUGCCAGGUCGGGGUCAGGAAGGGAGCCGUGGUGUGUGCAAGCUGCUGAGGAGGCCAGCCUGAAUACUUGAAAGGGUUUCAUUAGGAAGGAUAGUGUGGGUGUGGACGAGUCAGCACACCCACAGCCUGCGUGCCUUAUCUGGGGUCACGUUCUGUUUCAUUACAAAGAAUCGGCCUAAGAAAAUGUGAUUUGCUGGUAUUUGUGAAAAAAAUUUCCCAGCAUGUGGGAUUUUAAGCCAGUGGCACAGCAGCACCCUCUAGUGGCAAGUGGCGGAAGAACACAGUUCUGGUGAAGGGUUUUUCUCAAUGGCUGAAUGGCCCUAGAGUUUAUCUACCCUUCCUGGCAUGGGAUCUGGAUCUUCUAGCUAUUUCUGAUUGAUGAAAGUGGCUAGGCUAGCCCCAGUUCUGCUCUGUCAAUUUCAAGGCAGGCAGUGACUUUUCCCCUCUGGGCUGUGGGGGGUUCUGUACCCAGAGAUGCUCUCCCUGAGUUGCCAAGGUUCAGAACAAACAGCUUGCCUGAUGUAGGCAAGUGUUCUUCUUAGUGCACUGUUUGUGGGCGGGAUGUCCAGACACCGGCUGUCCAUGCUACUGGCGGACACAGAAACUUUCCCCAGGAGUAUAAAUUAAAGUACAGUUUAUUUUUGUCAAAACUACCUUUGAGAUGGUAGUUGGUCUUGAAAAUCAUGUGUGACUUACGCUUGCCAUGGAUCAUGGGCCUCAGCAUGUUUGGGAUACUAGUGCUUGAACUUUAUCAGAUGUAUGGCGCCUAUUUAUUUCAUCCUAACAAAGCCUUUAUUUUGUGUCCCUAAGAUUACCACCUGGAAACCUUGUAGCUCCCAUAUCUGCUUUGCACAGGCACAAGCCUGGCAGUUUUUAAUUGGGCAGAAGUUUAAUAAAGUUAUGGUCAUUUCCAGAAUACACACACACCAGUUCUUGUCAGCUAAUGUGAGCUCAAGCUCAUGUUGGCAUGUCUGAGAACAUUCUGUGUCCAGAACAUGUUGGCAAGUCUUUAUGUGACCAGAAGACAGUAGGAAAGUUCAGCUGACUUUCUCUGGCCUGCUGUAGGAGUGUGACCUCACACUGUAUCCUCUGUCUUUAUGCGUGUCAUCUGGAUGCCAUCCCCAGGCUGAGGUGGCCUCUGGUUGUUCCACACACUUCUCCUUCCUGACUAGGACUUCUCCCUGGGACUUUGGAGACAAGAGUGUCUGAUGAGAAGGCCCUAGGGGUGAUAUGACCAGUAGCCUCUGUCUUUAUUGCCUAGAGAGUGGCCACCCUUUCUAGCUAUAGCUUCACUGUGGUCUUUACUAUCUUGCCAGAUGAGUCUCUGAGAGGGGCAUGGUACAGAGGACACUGAUGUGAGCCUGGGCUUGGCCUGCUGUGGCCCACGCCAGCCAAGGUCUGGCUGCAUGUGUGCCCCACAAGACUCCUGCACAGCCUGUUAGGAAUCAGAACAGGGUGUGGCGUUGGUUAACGGUAGAGUGCGGAGGUAGCCUGUAUGCGGUCCUGCCUGCCUUCUGUCUUCGGCUACUGCACAAAGAACACAGGCUCUCCCUCCUGACUGACACAGAAAACCAAAAAAGCACCAACCUUCUCCCAGGGUAGAGAUACUUUUACAUAUCCGUGCUGUUUUCAAAAUUAGGGAAUGUGACAGGUCAGGGAUAUUGAGCGACAGGAAACAGCCCAGUGUCUUCCCCAUCUCUUACUGAUGACAUGCCCCUUUAAUUUAGCCCCAGCUCUUAUUUCUCUCAGCGUGCUACAGGCUCACCCAAGAGCUGGACUUGGGAUGGCACAGCUUGUUACUGGCUGUUUGCUGUUGUCUUUUAUGAGGUGUUUGGCUGUCAUGGCUCUCUCUACACAGCUCCCCAGGAGGCGCUGUUGCUCCCACAGUUUAGCUGGGGAAGCUGCGGUCCAGACAGGUGGUGACUGUCCACAGUGACAUCACUAGCAAGAGGCCAGGUCUCUACCUGAGCUCUGAUGCACCUGUCACACAGCCUGUGCGACCCUCCUGGUGGGAAUUCUGAAUUGUCUGUGCUGUGUGCAGUAGAGACAACACCUGAGCCUGUCCCAGAGGAAGAGCAGAGACUAAGCACAUCUAGUUUUGCAGGCUUGGAGGUCAAAGGUCAGAUGCUGGUGGUUUCAGUCAGGAAGAGGCCUGGUCCUUCCUACAGUGGGACAUUGCAUCUCCAAAGAGCAGAAGGACUGAAGACAAAAAAUCCUAACUUAGUUUCCUGGGGGGCUUCAGAAGGCUGUGAUCAUAGCUGGGAACAUGGCGACUUACAUGUCCUUUGGCUGGGGCUGUUGCUGCUUGUGGAAGCCAGUGGCUGCGAGGAGGCCCCUCUUUGCCCCUCCCCCCCCCACUGUGGAUGUGACGUAUCAACAUGACUUUGGAGGGGCGCAUUCAAAUGCUAGUGCCAAAAGAGUGUUGGCACACCCAGUGCCAGUAGGGUUUCAUGAGCUACACGAGGGCUGGCGUCUCUGGUUCCCUGACCUAUUCCAGGUAUGGGUGCCCAGCCAUUGGCAAGUGAGCGGACGAACCAACAAAUGGCAGGUAUCCUGUGUGUUCCUGUGUAUAGUAGAAGACAUGCCAACCCGGAAGGGAGACAGAAUGUUUGCUGAGGGUACUUUGAACAAGGUAAGACAGAAUAGGAGGCCAGGGAGCCAUCUCCACCCCAUACAGCAAGGAGGGCCCUGGGAAGAGACCUGGGCAGGCAGGCGGUCUGCAUGGGAAUGAGAGAGGAGAGAGAAAGAGACCUUCAUUAUCUUUUUCUCUGCUGACUCCGAGUGAAUGUCGCCUCUGUCAUGACUUUGCUCACAGUGUAGCCUGAGCCCUGGGUCAGAGGGACAAGCCCUACCUUGCUUGCCUCUGGAGCCUUGGGUUCUGGAUGUCUCUGACGCAGAGUGUCCCAGCUUCCGACUUGGAACCUUCCAUGAGAACUCACCUCCCGUUUGCCAUCCUGCUGGUUUUUAUUUGGUGAUUUCAUUGUUAGGCUCCAGUCUGUUGGAGGCUUUGCAUUUCCUGUUAGUUUGCUAUGUUACACAAAUAGCCCCAAACUCGUCAACGUAUUUCAAGAAUGAACCCAAAGCUGAAAUCCUUAGUUAUUGCUAAACGUUAUACAUGCAAACCUUGCCGUCUAAAGACCCCUUGCUAAGCUUGAUGCCAUGCUUUGCUGAAGCCCAUGGGAGGCCUGUUCCUUUCUGAGCAAUUAAGGAGGAAGGAUGGGGGGGGGGCGGAAAUCCCUCCAAAAGUUUAAAAGAAAACUGGUUGCAGUCCCGGUAACUUUCACAGCAUUGGCUGUGUUGGCUUUCAGAACCGCUGUGUGAGCCACAGAGUCUCAGAAGCACAGUGCAUGCAUCUCUGCUUGGGUUCUCCUGGCUCGAGGGACUUCUCAGCACACUAGGUCCACCCAGAAACAUUGUUUCCACACAAAACAAACAGGAGGGACAGCUCUGCCGAGCCAGAGAUGGGCUGUAGCUCCCUCCCAUGUGUGCUUUCCUUAGCUCUGUGACUGGCUCAAAUGCACAUCGUACAG